CUUAUCUGUGUUAGCAUCAGUCCUCGUUCUGUCAAAACAAUUUUACUGUUUUAGACAGCUUGUCACUUUUGUUUUCUGUCUCUUUUACUCCCGCUAAGUCUUCAAGAUGAGUACGAAGAUUAUCAAGCCUGGCGGCGUUGAAGCCGACAACUUUGAGACUUCGAUCUCUCAGGCGUUGGUUGAACUUGAGACCAAUUCGGACCUCAAGGCUCAACUUAGGGAGUUAUAUAUUACUAAGGCUAAAGAAAUUGAACUGCACAAUAAAAAAUCAAUCAUCAUCUAUGUGCCCAUGCCUAAGCUGAAGCAUUUCCAAAAGAUCCAGAUCCGUUUAGUGCGUGAGCUUGAAAAGAAAUUCAGUGGCAAACAUGUUGUGUUCAUUGGUGACAGAAAAAUCCUGCCCAAGCCAAGCCACAAGACGCGUGUAGCCCACAAGCAGAAGAGGCCUAGAUCUAGAACACUCACAUCAGUAUAUGAUGCUAUCCUAGAGGAUCUAGUGUUCCCCGCUGAGAUAGUUGGCAAGCGGAUUAGGGUCAAGCUGGACGGCUCUCAACUCAUCAAGGUGCACUUAGACAAAAACCAGCAGACCACCAUUGAGCACAAGGUGGACACCUUCCAAUCAGUAUACAAGAAGCUGACGGGGCGUGAAGUAACAUUCGAAUUCCCUGAACCCUACUUGUAAACUUUUACAUUAAAUAUUAAAACCUA